AAGACACUGCGUUUGAGGUGGAAUAGAAGAACUCGCACUCCUUCAACUUCCUGAUUGUAAAGGAGCUUGAGCUACUGUUCGCGAGCGCUUCGUAAACAGCUGAAGAUCCAAAUGAUCCAACACGAUGAGAGCAACAUUGGGUGUGUCAAAGUGCUGAGAUAUCAAUGGUUGCAGGAAUGAGUUCUUCAGAUGAGUCUUUAAAGCGCCAAAGGAAUCCUCACAGGACCUGUCGCACAGACUCUACACAAGUCAACGAACCAGUUUCAGGUGGCACCGAAUCAAUUACUCAUAAUAAAAGAACCACAGCACCUCAAGAUCUGAUUCUUGUGAAGUCAUGUGGAAGGAGAGCAACUGAGAACAAACCACAAGCAGCAAACCAAAAUGCUCCUCCUUGUUUACGGAAAUCAAGACGCCAGGUUACAAAUAUAAAUGGAUGUGUAUCUAAAAAGUCACAUCAACCUGAGCAGGUCUUGCCUCGAAAAAUCGCCACCCCCAAAUAUCAAAUAAAGACAGCUUACAAGGGAAGAAGAAAAAAGAAUGUUGAAGCAAGUGAGAAAAAGGUAGCUGCUAGCAAAGCUAAAUUGGAUGUACUAGACAAUUUGUGCUCAGAACAACACUUAAGCUCUCAAAAACCUAAAAGGACACAUCAUCAAAACUCUAAACGAACUCAAAAUCAUCAGACUCCUUCUGAUGUUUCGACAGGUGUUUACACGUGUACUACAUUAUCUCCUUGUCGUUGCAAGGAGGAUUCAUGCUGCCACACUAACAGACCACAAGCCCCAUUACAGGACAGACUCCAGUUUACGUCUCUCCUCAGCUCCACCUCAAACUCUGACCUCAAGUCCCUGUCGCCACAAACAGGUCAGAAUAGUUGUGUACCACAUAGUGAGCCGGAUGUCUUAAAGUCCAGCCUAGAAAAGAGACCUCCGACAGAUGCCUCACCAUCACCUCAGAGAGCCAGAGGAAGGCCGAAAGGCAACAAUAAUAAAGUACAAGAGGAUCCAAGUUCUUUUCUUCCAUUGAAACACAGCAGGGAGUCCACAGAGUGUCCUGUUGAAUACCCAAAACGUUUUCUCCACAGCUCCUCUGACCUCCAAUGCUUAUCACCACAAACAGCUGAGAACAGUUGUGCUCCAAACAAUCAUCAGAAUGCCAGAAAGUCCAGGCUAAAAAAGAGACCUCCUGCAGACGCCUUACCAUCACCUCAGAGAGCCAGAGGAAGGCCGAAACGCAACAAUAAUAAAGUACAAGAGGAUCCAAGUUCUUCUUCACCAGUGAAACACAGCAGGGAGUCCACAGAGUGUCCUGUUGAAUAUCCGAAACGUUUUCUCCACAGCUCCUCUGACCUCCAAUGUUUAUCACCACAAACAGCUGAAAACAGUUGUGCUCCAAACAAUCAUCAGAAUGCCCGAAAGUCGAGGCUAAAAAAGAGACCUCCUGCAGAUGCCUUACCGUCACCUCAGAGAGCCAGAGGAAGGCCGAAAGGCAGCAAGAAUAAGAAAGUACAGGAGCGGCCAAGUGCAUCUCCAUCAGAGAAAUACAGCCGGAAGCAUGAAAUGCCUCUUGUUGAAUCCUGCAGCCAAAAACAUCUCAGCUCCCCCUGGAACUCCCACCUCCAACCCCUGAAACCAAAAACAGAUGACAAUAGUUUUGCACCAUACAAUGAUCCAAAUGCCAGAGAGUCUCAACAAGAAAAGAGACCUCCUGCAGAUGCCUCAUCAUCAACACCGUCAAGACCCAGAGCUGGCCCGAAAGGCAGCACUACUAAGAAAAUACAGAAGAAGUCAAGUAUCUCUCCACCAGUGAAAUGCAGCAGGAAAUUCACAGAGUGUCUUGCUGCAUCCCACACCCCUAAACAGAAAAGGCUUCAGUCCAGUCCUCUCCUUAGCUCCACCCCAAGCUCUCAUCACCUACCCCUAAUACCAUUAAGAGCAGACAAUAAUCCAGCACCAAAUGCCACAAAGUCUAGACUACAAAAGAGACCUCCUGCAGACGCCUCACCAUCAACACCUCAGAGACCCAGAGGAAGACCAAAAGGCAGCAUGAAUAAGAAAGUACAGGAGGGGGCAAGUGUUUCUCCACCAGUGAAACGCAGCAGGAAAUUCACAGAGUGUCUUGCUGAAUCCCACACUCCAAAACAGAAAAGGCUUAAGUCCAGUCCUCUCCUAAGCUCCACCCCAAGCUCUCAUCUCCAACCCCUGACAUCAAAAAGAGAAGACAAUAAUCCAGCACCAAAUGCCACAAAGUCUAGACUAGAAAAGAGACCUCCUGCAGACACCUCACCAUCAACACCUCAGAGAACCAGAGGAAGAUCAAAAGGCAGCACGAAUAAGAAAGUACAGGAGGGGGCAAGUGUUUCUCCACCAGUGAAACGCAGCAGGAAGAGCACAGAGUUUCCUGCUGAAAUGCAAACUCUGAGUAGUCCUUGCUCUGAAAAUCAGGAACCAGAGCCUAAUGAGUCGGAUCAAACCAUGUCCUCUGACCUGUCCAUUGAGCUGAGCCUGCAUGAGGAUCCUCAUCUUCUUAACCACUCACUCUUCAUGCAAGAGGAGAAAGAUGAUCAGGAUGAUGAUGACGAUGACGAGGAGCUGCCCAGCUUUUUGGGGCAGGACAGUAAAAAGCCUUUGUCGAUCUCAGAGGGACUUUGUGUGUGGUGCAAAAUGUGGAAAUACCCUUACUGGCCUGCGGUGGUUAAAAGUGUAAAUCGCAAGAACAAAAAAGCCAGCAUUAUAUUUAUCGAUUGUGACCUCAGUGACCAAAAAAGAGCUAAGAAAGGGUUUACUGUGUCUCUGAGAAACUUAAAACCGUUUGAUUGUGAGGACUAUGAAAAAUUGGUGGAUAUGGCAAAAGAGAAGUAUGGCAGUGCUAUAACCUGGUCUGUUGAACUGAUUUCAGACUACAGAAUCCGCAUUGGUUGUGGAUCUUUUUCUGGCUCCUUCAUUGAAUAUUGUGCUGCUGACAUCAGUUGCCCGGUCAGAAGGAAGUACUCUGAGGGAAAAUCUGUGCUGACCUUUCCUAGUCAGGAGAUUCUGGGUGAGAAAUGUGACAUCUCUGAAAAUAGUGCAGAGGACAUCUGUGCAGAAGACCAAGAUGAGCUCCUUUCGCAGAAAAGGAACCUGCCUGACCGAGCCAAGGCAGCACGUACCCGUGCCAACGAGCAGUUGGUGGACUUCAUAAUCAGAGGAAAAGUUGAAAACCAUUUGCUGGCCAUCAUCAGCGAGUCAUCUGCAUGGAUGCAAGCCCUCCAGAAGCCUUUUCGGCAGGUGGUUUGCCCAGUCCUCUAUUUGGAGGACGAGGGGCAGGUUGAUAAGGUGUACCAGUAUCUGCAUGAUCUCUGUGAAACUGCACCUCAAAUAAACACCUCUCCAGAAAACGUCCAGGUGGUCCGGGUCCGCCUCAUUCUAGAUGUGCUUCUGCCUAAGGCCAUUAUCUAUGCCAUUGCCGGAGUCCACAAUCUUUCCCUGGAGAAGGCCGAGGAGAAGUAUCACAAAGGGCCACGUUUUAGUAACAGAGAAAGACAAGAGUUUGACAUGAUGAUCGAACGCCAGAUGAAGCUUAAGGAAAUCACACAGCGUCAUAGACGGUGACUGCCUUCUGUUUUUAAUGAAACAUGAUUUUUUUAAAGAAACAUGAGAAACAUGUGGAUGUUGUUAUUUAAGAAGCCUUCAUUUAACCAGUAUCAAGGAAAUCAGUUUAAUUAUGGGUGAAUUCCACAGCAAAAUAAAAUUAGCUUUGUAUAUAAAUUAACUUGGUCAUAAUCUGUUUUAUACUUGCUGCUUAUAAUGUGUGCAGUGUGUAUGACUAACUGUUUGUGCUACACAUAAAUACAAUAUUUUAAUAAUACUAAUAAUAAUUUGGCUGUUAUUUGUAAGAGAUCAUAGCAAAAUGUUGCAUUUACAAUUACUCACCCGACAGAUUAAAAUAACAUAGCACAUUGAUGCUUUUUUUGUUUUUGUUUUUUACUGCAUCUUUGUUCUGGUCUAAUGUACAUAGUGAUUUUAUACAGGACUUCAUUGGUGUUUAUCAAUAAAUCUUUAUUUUUCAACA